AUGACCGACAAUCCUGAGCCCAAGGGCAAAGGCAUUAGCUCUCGCUUUUCGAACAUUUUGCGUCGUUCUACUUGCUCUACUUCUGAUUCAACUGGCAUACACAAACACAACAUCGCUUCUGAAUACCUGACUGUUAGAAAAGUUAUCAAAAAACCCCAAAACAACAACUCAAACGACUCUAUAUCUAUUUACGCCUCAGACGACUCCGAUAAAAAACCCAGAAAAAUAGCCAAUGUCCCUAAUCGUAAGCCUUUAUACAAAAACUUAUUCUCUGCCAUCCCUAGUGGAGGCACGCAAGAGGCAGUCGCCAGCGCGCUAGCCAAAACUCUACGGGGCCCCGAAAAUCUCGGGAGCGCUCCGGGACUUGCUUUUGUCGGCGAGCAUUCCGGAGCGUUUGUUCCUCUUGUUGCAAGCCCGCCGAGAAGCCCUGUCGUCGCAAACGCCGGCAUCACACUGGUUAUCAGUUCCUCACAAGAAUCUGAACAGGUUAGAGAUGCCGGCGCGGCGCUGGCGCAACUCGCGGAAUAUACGUUGGACAAUGAUAAAUUCCCGAGCCUGCCUAGGAGCACACAAGAUGAAACGGAGGCCAUUUCUAGGCCUGGAUCCCCUACCCCCACCCGAAACCGCACGAGACCCACCGGGAGACAAGUCACUGCCAUGGCAGACUGGGCUUUCAGCAGCCAAGAGCUGCACUGGUUCAAACGCCUCAAGGCUGGAGGCUACCCCCACAACGAAGCCCUCGAGCGAUGCAUCAAGUACUAUACUAUUACUAACAAAGCCAUCGCCAACAUCAUCGAAAACAGACAACUAUACGACGAUACCGAGGAAGAGACGAGCAGUACUAACGCAUUCAUCCAAAAAAUCGAAAAACUCGGCAAUCAAAUCACCACAAUCGCCGAAAACGCGUUAUACAACUGCACGCAAGCAGCACCCAGCCGCCCAGAAUCACCGAUGAAGCAAGACGAAGAGGAAGACACAUACAUGAACGAACCCGAGCACGGCCCCAAGAGGAUAAGCAACCCGAACCCACCACCAGCACCGGCACUCGCGCCCACCACCGACCCUACUCAAAACAUGCUCCAGGCGAUCUUAUCCAAGAUGGGGCAGCUGUACAAUAUCAAGUCUCGCCUAGACAAGCUCGAAGGCAAAUCGCCGCAGGUACACACUGCACAAACGAGUACGCCUAGACCCAGACCCACACCAAGCUCCAAUCCCGCCGCAACCGCAAACCCCUCACAAACGCGCCCCAGCUUUGCCAAUGUCGCGGCCAAGGCGCCAGCCAAAGCCCCGGAGGUCAAAGCCUCUAACAUUGCCGCUGCUAUCAAGAGGGGCAUCGCCAAACCGGCGCCCGCACAGAGCAACAACAAAUUUUAG